AUGGAGGUUUCCGGCGACGGAACGGCGGUUCUUGAGGUUAAUGGUGGAGGUGCGGCCGCGACGACGACGCCGCUUACUGUUUCUGGAUCUUUUAAGGAAGGGCCGAAGAGCUCGUCGAGGAGGCGGACUUCGGUAAGGCCAAGCUUUGAUGCGGAUAAUGAGUUCAUGACUUUGCUUCAUGGGUCGGAUCCGGUUAAGAUGGAGCUUAAUCGGCUUGAGAAUGAAGUUAGAGAUAAGGAUAGAGAGUUGGGAGAAGCACAAGCGGAGAUCAAGGCGUUGAGGUUCUCUGAGAGACUUAGAGAGAAAGCUGUUGAAGAGCUAACUGACGAACUCUCAAAAGUGGAGGAGAAGCUCAAGUUAACGGAAUCUCUUCUAGAAAGCAAAAAUCUAGAAAUCAAGAAAAUCAAUGAUGAGAAGAAGGCCUCCAUGGCAGCUCAGUUUGCUGCUGAAGCCACUCUUCGAAGAGUUCAUGCUGCUCAGAAGGAUGAUGACAUGCCUCCAAUUGAAGCCAUUCUUGCACCUCUGGAAGCUGAGCUUAAACUGGCUCGCCAAGAGAUUGCAAAGCUUCAAGAUGAUAACAAAGCAUUGGAUCGUCUUACUAAAUCUAAAGAAGCAGCUUUAAUUGAGGCUGAGAGGACAGUUCAAGUUGCCUUGGCUAAGGCCUCCAUGGUGGAUGAUCUCCAAAAUAAGAACCAGGAGUUAAUGAAGCAGAUAGAAAUUUGUCAGGAAGAAAACAAAAUAUUGGACAAAAUGCAUAGACAAAAGGUUGCAGAGGUGGAAAAACUCACCCAGACCGUAAGGGAACUAGAAGAGGCUGUUCUUGCUGGUGGUGCAGCAGCAAAUGCUGUUAGGGAUUACCAGCGGAAAGUGCAGGAGAUGAAUGAGGAAAGAAAAACUCUUGACCGGGAAUUGGCCCGUGCAAAGGUAACAGCAAACAGAGUGGCCACAGUGGUAGCUAAUGAGUGGAAAGAUUCUAAUGACAAAGUGAUGCCUGUAAAACAAUGGCUUGAAGAGCGAAGAUUUUUGCAGGGAGAAAUGCAGCAACUUCGUGACAAGCUUGCUAUAACUGAGCGGGCUGCAAAGUCUGAAGCACAGUUGAAAGAGAAAUAUCAGUUACGUCUCAAAGUGCUUGAAGAGAGCUUAAGAGGGUCUUCAAGUAGCAAUCGCAAUGCAGCAGAGGGAAGGAGCAUAAGCAAUGGGCCUUCUCGUCGUCAAUCGUUAGGUGGAGCUGAUAACAUCUCAAAAUUGACCUCCAAUGGCUUUUUGUCCAAGAGAACCUCUCAGUCAAGAUCUUUGUCCUCUAGCACCAGUUCAGUGCUGAAGCAUGCUAAAGGAACAUCAAAAUCAUUUGAUGGGGGCACAAGAUCAUUGGACAGGAGUAGUAAAUUGCUCUUAAAUGGGGCUGGCCAAAAUCAUUCUUUCAACCAACCUUGUGAUGGAAAUAAGGACACUGAGACACCUAAUUCAUGGAAAGGGAACUCAGAUGAAAAGCCCAAUGAGUUCCCACCGGCAGAUACAGAGGACAGUGUUCCUGGGAUAUUGUAUGAUAUGUUGCAAAAAGAGGUUGUAGCUUUGAGGAAAGCUGGUCAUGAAAAAGAUCAAAGCCUAAAGGAUAAGGAUGAUGCAAUUGAGAUGUUAGCUAAGAAAGUAGAUACAUUAACUAAGGCAAUGGAAGUUGAGGCAAAGAAGAUGAGGAGAGAAGUAGCUGCAAUGGAGAAGGAGGUUGCUGCCAUGCGUGUAGAGAAAGAACAUGAGAAUAGGGCAAGGCGGUUUAGCAAUUCAAAAGGGCCUGUGAGUGCUGCUCAGAUGCUUCCUGGGAGGAGUGAGUGCUUAAGUAGAGGGAAAAGGCUGGUAUUCUCCUAUAUUGUGCAGAAGUGUAUCACGAAGCGGGCUAACACGCAGCACUCAAUGACGGUAAUUUGCACCACUGGAAUCAGCAAGGAGUAA